CAACAGCCCCUCAUUCAGUCAUCCACCUCCAACAGCAACCCAGUUCCUCCAGCCAGACCCUCGGACAACGUUCACCAUGAGCAAGUCCUUCUCUUCCCAGUCCGCUCAGUCAGCCUCUUCCUACCGCCGGACCUUCGGCUCUGGUAUUGGAUCCAACUCAGGCAUGUCCUCCAUGUUCUCCCACGGCGGACGCGGCUCCUCCGGCUCCUCCGGCUCGGCCCAGAUGUCCUCCAGAGUGUACGAGAUGACCAAAACCUCCGCCCGCCCCAGCUACUCCUCCGGCAGCAUUCAUUCCUCCUCCGGCGGCGCGAUGCGUUCGUACGCCGGGAUGGGCGAGAAGCUUGACUUCAACUUGGCCGACGCCACGAACCGCGAUUUCCUGGACACCAGGACCAAUGAGAAGGCAGAGCUGCAGCACCUGAACGACCGGUUCGCCAGCUACAUCGAGAAGGUCCGUUUCCUGGAGCAGCAGAACGCUACUCUGAUGGUGGAGAUCGAGAGGAUGAGGGGUCACGAGCCGACCCGCGUGGCCGAGAUGUACGAAGAGGAGAUGAGAGAGCUGAGGCGUCAGGUGGAGGGCAUGUCCAAUGACAGAGCCCGUAUGGAGGUGGAGAGAGACAACCUGGCUGACGACCUGCAGAAACUCAAACUCAGACUGCAGGAGGAAAUCCACCAGAAGGAAGAGGCAGAGAACAACCUGUCUGCCUUCAGAGCUGAUGUGGACUCUGCCACUCUGGCCAGGCUGGACCUGGAGAGACGCAUUGAGAGUCUGCAGGAGGAGAUAGCCUUCCUCAAGAAGAUUCAUGAGGAGGAGAUCCAUGAGCUGACGAGCCAGAUGCAGGAGACCUCGGUGCAGGUCCAGAUGGACAUGUCCAAACCAGACCUGACCGCUGCCCUCAGGGACAUCCGUAUGCAGUACGAAGGCAUCGCAGCCAAGAACAUCUCAGAGGCAGAGGACUGGUACAAGUCCAAGGUGUCAGACCUGAACCAGGCUGUGAACAAGAACAACGAUGCUCUGAGACAGGCCAAACAGGAGAGCAUGGAGUUCAGGCAUCAGAUCCAGUCCUACACCUGUGAGAUCGACUCUCUCAAGGGAACAAACGAGUCUCUGCUGAGGCAGAUGAGGGAGAUGGAGGAUCGUCUGGGAAACGAGGCUGGAGGUUACCAGGACUCCGUCAUCCGUCUGGAGGCUGAGAUCGCUAAGAUGAAGGAUGAGAUGGCUCGUCACCUCAGAGAGUACCAGGACCUCCUCAAUGUCAAGAUGGCCCUGGAUAUAGAGAUCGCCACCUACAGGAAACUACUGGAGGGAGAGGAGAGCCGCAUCACUGUAUCUGGCUCCCACUCUGCUGCCCACUCUGCUGCCCACUCUGCUGCCCACUCUGCUGCCCACUCUGCUGCCUCAUCAUAUUCCACUAUUGGAUUCAGAGAGACCAGCCCGGACGUUGGCCGUUCAUCAGAGGUCCACUCCAAGAAGACUGUUCUGAUCAAGACCAUCGAAACCCGCGAUGGAGAGGAAAGUCCCUUUGAGACCAUGUCUCUUUCGGAAGAGAGCCCUGUUUCAGAAAAAAAAAAAAACAGCAGAAAAAACAAGGUGGUCAGUGAAUCUACACAGCAUCAGCAGGACAUCAUGUAAACAACAACAACAGCAAACAAACAAAGCAACAACAAGUUAAAACAUUUUUUGAAGGACGUUUACAUACCGAGAUACAAGGGCUGCUCUAGUUAGCUUUUCUAAGGAAAGCCUCUUUUGAAAGGUCUCUUUUUGAGAGGGAGUGAGUUAUUAACACCUUAUGAAAAGUUAUAACCACCUUACAAAGGGCAAGGUGGUUAUACCACCUUACCACCUUACCACCUUAGGUAUGUUCAUAACUCACUAACUCCUAAUAAUCAGAUUUUAUAUGACCAAUCACCAAGAGAAGAAGACAGAAGAAGACAAUGCUACCGUAAUCAGAAGACAAUUUUACCGUAAUCAGAAGACAAUGUUACUGUAAUCAGAAGACAAUGUUACUGUAAUCAGAAGACAAUGUUACUGUAAUCAGAAGACAAUGUUAAUGCAAUCAGAAGACAAUGUUAAUGUAAUCAGAAGACAAUUUUACCAUAAUCAGAAUACAAUGUUACCGUAAUCAGAAGACAAUGUUACUGUAAUCAGAAGACAAUGUUACUGUAAUCAGAAGACAAUGUUAAUGCAAUCAGAAGACAAUGUUAAUGUAAUCAGAAGACAAUUUUACCGUAAUCAGAAUACAAUGUUACCGUAAUCAGAAGGCAAUGUUACCGUAAUCAGAAUAGAAUGUUACCGUAAUCAGAAGACAAUGUUACCGUAAUCAGAAGACAAUGUUACCGUAAUCAGAAGACAAUGUUACCGUAAUCAGAAUACAAUGUUACCGUAAUCAGAAGGCAAUGUUACCGUAAUCAGAAUAGAAUGUUACCGUAAUCAGAAGACAAUGUUACCGUAAUCAGAAUACAAUGUUACAGUAAUCAGAAGGCAAUGUUACCGUAAUCAGAAUAGAAUGUUACCGUAAUCAGAAUACAAUGUUACCGUAAUCAGAAGACAAUGUUACCGUAAUCAGAAGACAAUGUUACCGUAAUCAGAAGACAAUGUUACAGUCAUCAGAAGGUGGGAACAAGGUGGAAUGAAAGUCAAGUCAGGCCCUGGCCAGAACAGAACAUACAUGGCUAGAGGGGAUCUCCAGAAUGUCAAGAGUUGCAAUCUCUGUAGUGCACGUUUCUUUGUGUGUGUGUUUGUCAGAAAGGGUCUAUCUGCUUCACAAUGUUUUCACAGCCGAUGAUCUGAAAUAAAAUACAUUGUAUGUUGA